GUGUUUUGGACUGAUUAUUAUUAUUUUUUAUUUUUUGCACGAGUGACAACAUCUGCAGUUUGGUUCAGUAUAUAAUCUUUGUCUGGUGAGUGUCGGUUUAAUUCUGGGCUACUACAGACAUAAAAUCUGUGUCCAUCUGAAACGGAAACUAACGGAGAAUGCAUGGAGGCAGAAAAGUGUUGGGGACUAUCUGUCCACUAUCAGUGGCUCCUCGUCAGAAUCAAGACAGAAGACAGACAGCAGCUAGAAAGGGCAGACCGAGGCUCCCCAGGAGCAGCAGCCCGGUCGCGGUGUAUGUGGACCGGAAUCCCUGCAUCGUUGAAGAGGCAUUCGCAACGAUAGCAUGGGAUGACUUGGAGGAAUGUGCGUCCGUGAUGAGGCGAGAGAGCGACUCCCUGGGUUCCCAGGUGAACGAUUCCGACGGAGAUGACCUGGAAUUCGGGGAAUAUGCCCUGGACUUCAUAGCUGACUCUCCAGCCACAUUGGAGCGCAGUCUGUCUCCUGCUGAUCUGGUGGCCUUCCAAGGGUGUAUCAUCCCUCCUCUCACCCCCCAGCGGGAGCCAUGUCCAGAGGGCCAGGACCAGCAGAGCUACCCUUCCUCAGACCCAGGCCUCGGCCAGCCUCAGGCCCAGGAUGGGAUACUCUGGAGGGGCAUUGCUCAGCACCACACCAGGGUCCUGGGACACACACUGGAGACCAACAGCCAGCUUCACCUGACUGUGAGCAGGAGGCAGGAGGAGAUUAAUGCCCUGCAGCAACGCAAUGUCCACCUCAGAGAAUUGGCCACCAGAGCUAAACACCUAGCCUCUGUACUGGAUAAGCUGAUGAUGGUGAGGGAACCAUCAUGUUUUCGACAACCCUCAACAUCCCCCUGUGACGAAUCCCCCAUGUCAACGAUCCCAUGUAAGAGGCAGCGUCUGGACGACACCUGUGACGACACAUCGCCCCCUGGGUGUGUGGAAGACAUCCUACGGGAUGUCAGCGAGCGCUGCAACACCGUCCUGCACCACAGCACCGCUCAACCACCUCUUACCCAGGAUAGUGACCCAGAGAAAAUACGGAUGUUCGGGGCGUUCUCUGGACUGCAGACAUCCAGGACCACAGGUGGCGCUGUGGUGAGCAUGGAGGACGCGGAGGCAGGAGAGAGCAGUAGUGACUCGUCUUUCAGGACUUCAAUUAGGGAACACUGUACGAUCAGGACUCAGACCUUCCCUCACGGGCACGCCUUCACCUCCAGGACGACCCAGGGAGGGUACCGCUUCCGCUGGGUUCCCAGCCAGAGCUAGCCCUUAGCGGUACUAGUAUCCCAGCCAGAGCUAGCCCUUAGCGAUACUGGGUUCCCAGCCAGAGCUAGCCCUUAGCGGUACUGGUAUCCCAGCCAGAGCUAGCCCUUAGCGGUACUGGGUUCCCAGCCAGAGCUAGCCCUUAGCAUUAGCACUGAGCUAGAGCCAUCUUGAACAUGUAGUAGGUACUGCUGUUAUUAGACUGCUAGUUUUGGCUAAAUACUAGCUACACUAUAUUUAUAAAAGUAUGUGGACACCCCUUCAAAUUAGUGGAUUCUAUUUCAGCCACAUCCGUUGCUGACAGGUGUAUAAAAUCGAGCACAACGCCAUGCAAUCUCCAUAGACAAACAUUGGCAGUAGAAUGGCCUUACUGAAGAGGCUCCCGAGUGGCACAGUAGUCUAAGGCACUGCAUCUCAGUGCUAGAGGCAUCACUACAGACCCUGGUUCGAUUCCAGGCUAUAUCAUAAUCAUCUGUGAUUGAAAGUCCCAUAGGAUGGCACACAAUUGGCCCAGUGUCGUCUGGGUUAGGGUUUGGCUGCUGUAGGCUGUCAUUGUAAAUAAGAAUUUGUUCUUAACUGACUUGCCUAGUUAAAUAAAGGUUAAAAGAGCUCAGUCACUUUCAAUAUGGCAUCAUCAUAGGAUGCCACCUUUCCAACAAGUCAGUUUGUCCAAUUUCUGCCCUGCUAGAGCUUCCCCGGUCAACUGUUAUUGUGAAGUGGAAAUGUCUAGGAGCAACAACGGCUAACCUGUGAAGUGGUAGGCCAUACAAGCUCAUGGGAGUGCCAAAGCGCCGAGCACAUAAUAAUCUUGCUUGCAACACUCACUACCGAGUUCCAAACUGCCUCUGGAAGCAAUGUCAGCACAAGAACUGUUUGUCAGGAGCUUCAUGAAAUGGGUUUUCAUGGCCAAGCAACCACACACAAGCCUAAGAUCAC